UGCAGUGGGCUGAGCAAACGUCAGUCUGACCGCAGGGGAAUCUCGGGCUGACGUGCUGCUCCGCAAACGCCAAUUUGCUGGGAAGCAAAAUCAUUCGUUGGAAUUUUGUGGAAAGCAGUAGAAAAGCCCUGGGCUCCGGCGGCGGUGGCUGAGCAUCGACGGAGUGGGGUUAUUUUUGCUGUGUGUGUGGGGGGCUGUAGUUCAUGUGGCGAGAAUGGCGAGGUGUGCGAGCGGCGUCUGCAGAGCGGCGCUGGGCGCGCUGCUGCUCCUCGGCGCCCGCUGCUCCGCGGCUUCUGGCCCGGAGGACAAAGCCGAUGACAACCCGUCCUGUCACGGAGCUUUCGACCUGUACUUUGUCUUGGAUAAAUCUGGAAGUGUUAUGAACCAUUGGAUUGAAAUAUAUUCUUUUGUCGAAGAUCUUGCUGAAAAGUUUUUGAGUCCUCAGCUACGAAUGUCUUUUAUUGUUUUCUCUUCAACGAGUAGAACCUUGAUGAGGCUGACUGCAGAUAGGGAAACUAUACGCAAAGGUCUUCAAAUCCUACGAAAGGAAGUGCCUGGAGGGGAUACAUUCAUGCACGAGGGCUUCAGGAAGGCAACUGAACAGAUUUACUAUGAAAACUACUCAGGGAUUCGAGCUGCUAGUGUCAUUAUUGCAUUGACGGAUGGGGAAUUAGUUGACAACUUGUAUGACCGUGCACAAGCAGAAGCUGAAAGAGCUAGAAGCUUUGGUGCUACAAUUUAUUGUGUUGGUGUGAAAGAUUUCAAUGAAACUCAGUUAGCCAAAAUUGCUGAUAGCAUCGAUCAUGUGUUCCCGGUAACGGGUGGAUUUCAAGCAUUAGGAAGCAUUAUUGAUUCGAUUCUUAAGAAAUCUUGCAUUGAAAUUCUAGCAGUUGAACCAUCAAGUGUCUGUGCAGGAGAAUCUUAUCAGGUUGUGGUAAGAGGCAAUGGAUUUUCCCAUGCACGGAGUGUUGAUCAAGUUCUUUGCAGCUUCAAGAUAAAUAACACAGAGGUGAUAACUGAGAAGCCUCUUGUUGUGGAGGAUAAUUAUUUACUCUGCCCUGCUCCAGUGAUAGAUGAAGUUGGAAUGGUGGUUUACCUGCAAGUGAGCAUGAACCAGGGGUUAACAUUCAUCUCCAGUUCUGUCAGUAUCACCAGUACGCAUUGUUCUGAUGGAACAAUCCUUCUAAUUGCACUAUUAGUUUUGUUCCUUCUGUUGGCAUUGAUCCUGCUGUGGUGGUUUUGGCCAUUAUGCUGCACUGUGGUAAUUAAGGAGCCACCACCUCCCCCAAUCUAUCAGGAUGACUCUGAUGAUGAAUCCAUGGCAAAGAAAAAAUGGCCAACAGUCGAUGCAUCGUACUAUGGAGGAAGAGGAGUGGGUGGCAUUAAAAGGAUGGAGGUGCGCUGGGGUGAUAAGGGUUCAACAGAAGAAGGUGCAAAAUUAGAAAAACCAAAAAAUGCAGUCAUCAAAAUGCCAGAUCGAGAGUUUGAACUGCUGGAUCCAAAGCCUCACAAACCCCGGCCUUACAAACCACCACAACAGAGAAAAUGGUAUACACCAGUUAAGGGAAAAUUGGAUGCCUUGUGGGCUCUUUUUCGCAGAGGGUAUGAUCAAGUAUCUCUGAUGAGGCCACAGCCUGGAGAUAAGGGUCGCUGCAUUAACUUCACCAGAGUAAAAGAAAAUGAAACCCCUUCUCCUUCAUGCAAUACUGCAGCUGCUCACGUGCCACCUCCUUACGACGAAUAUGUUCCCUUAACCCGUGAACCUCCAAGCCCUCCUGCUACAUCAGCCAGGUCAUCUGUGAGGAGCCCACCUCCUGGACCACCACCAUCUCGUGCACCUCCUCCUUCGCGACCUCCCCCUCGCCCUGCAGUAAAAGCCUGACCUCACAAGGAUUUAUGCUGGUAAAAAGAACAUCACUGAGGCAGAAAGACAUGGCUAAAUGGAUGAAUACUACUGGACUUCAAGCCAAAUAUUUAUUAAAUUUAUGGGCUUCUUUGAAAAAGUUAAAUCUGUUGCUGUGCAGCAAGUUUCCAUCUGGAGAACCCUAAUGAGUAAAACAACUCUCUGGAGUUAAAGAUAAUAUUGUGUCUAUUAAUGUGCUCUUCAUUUGAUUGAAUCAGUUAGUUCCUGGACUGUUAUAAAAUUCAUUACAUUUUAUAAUAAGUCCUGUAUUUUAUCUUCUGAAAAUUUUUAUAUGCAAGCAGAAUUUGCAUCAUUUUUGAAAGUUAACAUUGAUUAAAGAUCUAUGUUUUAAAAAAUCACUAACAAAUACUUUAUUAAUUUGAUGUUCAAGUCGGCAUUUUCUUGAAUUCUGUUAGUGACUAUAUUUAUCAUCUGCUGUAAAAUUAUAAAGGCCUUCAAAUUCCCACAGAAACCCACCCCAGAACAUUGGUACAUGGAGAAAUAUUGGAAAAUCUGGAAGAUUCAUCCAGAAUUAUACCUAUUUCUGCACUGUUAUGCCAAUGUUCAAAUAGCAUUCAAAUUUCCAGUCAAUGUUAUUAGCAUAUGGCAAAACAAAAAAAGCCUCUAAAUUAUCGCCAACAAUUUGCGCACAGUCAGCACGUUUAACCACCGCAUCAUUAUGAGCUUUCACACAAGGGAUUGUUUAAGUUCUUCAUAUCUCUGAUUUUAGUUCCAUAGAAAUGUGUUCAAAGAAACAAUAAUAUUUUUUAAAAAGCUCAAGGAAUUGCACAAGAGCUGUGCCGUACAAUUUGGAAGAGACCCUCUGAAUAUGGAGAACUCAAUUGUGAAGUUUUGUAACUAUUAUUAUGUGAAAAGGGAUCAAUAAAUUGUCAUAAAAGGUGGAGUAAUUUGGGGUGUAUUAUGCUUGCACACAUAAUUCAGCUUUGCCCACAUUUCCACAAACCUUCAGGGUGUGCACUGGCUCCACACCUUCAUUACUGAGUUUCUGGGUACAAAUAGGAAAUUCCAGGCCAGAAUAAAGUUAUUUAAUUGGGUGAUAUGAUUACAUUGACUUAAGUGUGUAAAUUUGUGGUCAGUGAGCAUCAGGUAACUUGCCCCUUGUUUACUAUUUAUAUUUAAAGGUAAACAUUCUGAGAAAGUGAAGCCGUGGUGGGUGAGAAGGUUCUCAUACGUAAUUAAUGUAAUAAAAGUCAUAGGUUAGUUGACCAGUAGAAUGGGUCUAAAGUUGCUGGUUGAUGCAAUAUAACAAAGAUUGACCUCGUAACUGAUUAAUUCACCGAACUCUCAACUGCGAUUUCACUUAUACUUGACUUGUUUUGUACAUGGUUAGUGACCCUAAACUGUGCUCUACCUAAACAAUAGUCCUAAUCUAGGGAGUAUUCUUGCCGUCCUUGAAUUUAAAAUGUUGCAGAUGGCUGACGAAGAGAUGUGUGCAGGUUGUGACCCAAGAUUUUCCUUUCUUUAUAUGUAUAAAGUUGAACAUGCUCUUCUUAUAGAAUUUAUUAGCCAGCUACCAAAUAGCAGGAUUGUUCUGUGACAAGAUCUGCAUAACACUUUUAACUGCGGGGAAUAGCUCAUAGAAAGCAUUUAAAAAUUUAAUCGGGGUUUUGGAAAUGCUUAUCUGCUGGAUGUUAAACACUUUAUAGUUAUUUCAAUGUAAAUUCUAAGGGGCCAAAUCCUUUUUUAGACCACAUUCAGUUGUACAAUUCUGAUUAAUUAUUCCCUUCCUUACAAGUUUCGUUAUACUAUUUCUUUCAGGACACAGCUACACUUUGGCAACACAUAACAAUUUCUAUUGUAGUGUUUUAUAAACAGAUGAGAUAUGUGAAUCCCACCCUAGUAAAGAAAAUAUUGUAAGCUUUUGUGCUAAUAGAGAAAAAAAUCAAGUUUUACUGCAGGACAGUCAAAUGUAUUAAUUUACUAAACUGUGGUCUAGGUGUAGGUACUUGAAUCUAAGUAAAGUUGGCCACUAAAUCCUCAAGAUGCUAGAUGCAUGCAGUAGUUAAUAGAGCAAGCAUCACUGAGCUUGAGCAGGACAUGAAUAUUUUGCUUUUACAUUUAGUACAUAGACUUUGUUAAUUCUUUCUUGUUUAAUAAGACUUGUAAUCUUGUUUGACAUUGGUUAUUUCAUGGAACAAUUUGGUGAGCAGGUGAACAGGUUGUGUAGCUAUAAAUUGAAUAACAGCGCUAGAAAGGAAUGCAUUCGUGUUUCAGUGGCAUAAUUGCUCAGUUUAAUAGAAUCAUCACAAAGAAAACAGGGAUUCAUUACUAAUUUGAGAAAUCACUGAGAUAACAUCCAGGUUUGGACAGCUUGUGGAACAUAGAGUGAAGGGAUUAAAAUAUCGUCAACACUAGUAGUGUGUCAUUCAGACCAUUACUUAGUUACAUACAAUUUAAACUCACAAAAAAAUUCUAAAAAUCCACAUUACUUCACAGGAACAUUGUACAAAGAUACAGGGCUCAGGACAAUGUAUGUGUUAUAGCUAGUGGCAUUUUGCCACAUUGGGGACUUGCUUAGUGAAAGUAGAUUAAAAGAAGUUUUAAAGUGUUAAUAGUGGUUUGCAUUCUAUUGUUUUAGCCUAAUUGGAUGACUUUUUAAAGUUGUAAGGAUUCUAUCAGCAAUUGUUUUAGAGAAAGUAUCUCUUCACUAAAUGCAGCCUCGUGUGUAGUUUUAUGGUAUGUAAUUAUUUAACAGACCUUUAACAGUUUUAUGACAUCAGUUUUGAUUCCUUAUGUUUUUAAUGUUUAUGAUUGCCUUUUAACAAUGCCAGAAUUGCAACUUUAGAAUCAGUACUCAAAAGAGCAAAGCUGACCAAUGUUGUGUUUUAUCACUUUUAAAUAACAGUGUAUAUAUUUUAGCAAAAAGUGAUAAAACAAUUGAGAAACAUAACUACAACAGGAGAAGGUUGGAAACGCAUGGCAGACCAGAACUGAUGUGUAAAUAUUUUGAGUGGACCUUUCAAUUUCUGAUCUGUUAUGUAUUUCAAAUAUUUUCUGAUUUUGGAAAACAAGUCUUAUUGCUUUAAAAUUCAACAGCUGAUCAGACCAGCAACAUGUUAAUUGGUCACAUUUAAGGUAUAGGAUGUAGAUCGGUUAAGUGAAACAACAUGUAAUUGCAAAUAUAUCAGAAAAUACACAAGUUUGUACUUCCAGCACAUGUGGGGAUCCUCACUGAUAAAAAAAAAUUGUCUAUUACAUCAACAGAAUAUAUUGUCUGGCACCAUACAAAAGGAUUCUGUUAAUACCGAAGAGGUAAAAUUAUGUUUCACACUUACGUUGACAUCAAUCUGUUUUAAUUGUACAUCCGUGAUGACAAGUUUGUACUUUUUUCUUUUGUCUGUAAUGUCUGUAAUCACUAAUAAACUGCUAACCAUUUAU